GGUUUCAGUCCAGGCAGAGAUUGAAGGAAAACACACAACCCAAAUAGGGGUUCCUUUACAAAGCCAGCUGGUCUGGCUUUAAUUCAUGCAGGACAUUAAUUUUACACCAAUUUCUAUUCUUUUUGUAAUUUAGCUUUUUUAUCACCUUUUUGUUGCUUUUUUUUAUAUUUGAUUGAGCUUGACCUAAGCUGGUUCUGCAGGGUGUAACUUCCUGGGGAAGCUGAGAAAAGGCACGGGUGCCAUUAAAUGACAACCUCAAGCAUUGCAGUACAAAAAGGACCUCUCCAAUGAGCUGCUGGCAGACAGUGUAAAGAGCGAGGGGAUAUAAGACAGAAAACGAAGGAACGCUGAAUGUGGUACAGAUGCUGAAAUCUUUGAGGUGAUUGGAACAAAUAGAAAGAAGAAAAAAGACAGAUAAGAGAUAGCAAGAGUGCAAUAGUGAAGAAAAAGAGGAGCGAAAAGAAGAAAAGAGGAGAGACAGAGAGAGUUAGACAGAGAGAGAAGAAAGCUUUGAGUUAUUCAGAAAGAGAAGAAAAAGAAAGAGACGGGGACGAUGGGGAGGAAAAAGAUUCAGAUCACGCGGAUUAUGGAUGAACGCAACAGACAGGUGACAUUUACAAAGCGAAAGUUUGGCCUGAUGAAGAAGGCGUACGAGCUGAGCGUGCUGUGUGACUGCGAGAUUGCCCUGAUCAUCUUCAACAGCACCAACAAGCUGUUCCAGUACGCCAGCACAGACAUGGACAAGGUCCUGCUCAAGUACACCGAGUACAACGAGCCGCACGAGAGCAGGACCAACUCCGAUAUCGUGGAGACGUUGAGAAAGAAGGGCCUAAACGGCUGUGACAGCCCAGACCCAGACGCAGAUGACUCGGUGGGCCACAGCCCCGAGUCCGAGGACAAGUACAGGAAAAUAAACGAGGACAUUGAUCUGAUGAUCAGCAGACAGAGACUGUGUGCAUUAAACAAGAAGGAGAACAAGGGCGGCGAGAGCCCGGAGCUCGAGUCUGCUCUUCUCCUCACCCCACGCACUGAGGAGAAAUACAAACAGAUUAAUGAGGAGUUUGAUCACAUGAUUAAAACUCAUAAGAUCCCUCAGGCUGUGCCCCCAUCAAACUACGACAUGUCCGUGUCUAUCCCCACAAACAACCAGAACAAUUUAAUCUACAGCCAUCCCGGUGGGUCCCUUGGCAACCACAAUCUGUUGCCUCUAGCGCACCAUGGUCUACAGAGAAACAGCAUGUCUCCAGGCGUGACACACAGACCUCCAAGUGCAGGUGGCCUCAUGGGUGCUGACCUCACCACUGGCGCAGGCACCAGUGCUGGAAAUGGCUACGGGAACCACCGCAACUCUCCGGGCCUGCUAGUUUCCGCGGGUGGAAUGAACAAGAACAUGCAGGCGAAGUCCCCCCCACCCAUGAACUUAGGCAUGAACAACCGCAAACCUGACCUACGCGUGCUCAUCCCUCCCGGGGCCAAGAACAACAUGCCCUCCAUUUCUGAGGAUCUUGACCUGCUGUUGAACCAGAGAAUAAACAGCUCCCAGUCUGCUCAGUCGCUGGCCACUCCUGUGGUCUCAGUAGCAACUCCCACUCUACCAGGACAAGGCAUGGGCGGCUACCCAUCUGCCAUCUCUACCUCCUAUGGUACCGAAUAUUCCCUGAACAGUGCAGACUUGUCUUCGUUGUCUGGCUUCAACAGUGGUAGCUCCCUGCACCUUGGGUCUAUGAGCGGUUGGCAACAGCAACAUCUUCAGAACAUGCAGCAUUCAGCCCUCAGCCAGCUCGGAAAUUGCUCUAGCUCUCACUUAUGUCAGGGUUCAAAUCUGUCCCUGCCCUCUGCUCAAAGCCUGCACAUCAAGUCCGAACCUGUUUCUCCUCCUAGAGAUCGCACCAGCAGCACACCAGGGGGCUACGGCGGCGGGAUGCCAUCCAGCCAGAACCCCCCAUCCCGCCAGGACUCGGGACGCUCUCCCGUCGAUAGCCUGAGCAGUUGUAGCAGCUCUCACGAGGGCAGCGACCGCGAUGAGCACAGGAACGAGUUCCACUCGCCCCUAGGACUGGCCCGACCUGCCCUGGACGAGCGACAGAGCCCCUCCAUCAAACGGGUGCGCCUGUCAGAGGGGUGGGCGACAUGAUAGCUUUUUUACUGCCCCCAGCUGUGCCCCAAGUUGCCCGGAGCCCCUGACAAUGCAGCAUUUCAAUGCCCCUAAAGUCAGCUCCUAUCUCCUUGUCACGCACCACCCAACCCCACAGCCUCGCUCCUUGUAUCACUUUAACGAUGAAGGAAAGAAAAGGGACAACCCUUUUCAAAAUAUUGUUUUGUAAUUUCUUUUUAUUUUUAAUUAUUAUUAUUUUCUUCUUUUUGUUGUGUGUGUGUGCUUUACAUAUUGACAUUAUAUAAACCAGUGGGGUGUUGUAAUGGGCUUUUGGGGGGGCGGGUGUUGGUUUGGAUUAGGGAUUUUUGCUGGGGAACUAUGCAUAAAUUGUAUUGUGUGUGAAUAAAAAGAAUCACAUGCAUAUAUCUUUACACGUAUUUAUGUGUACAUAUAUGCAUAUCAGCAAAUAAAAAGAAGUAGUCAGGUACUCCGUCUCAUAAAAACAUGCUUACAAUUUGCCUCAGCGAUGUAUCAUUAACUAAAAGCAAAAAAUGAAUAAAAAGGAAAACAUUAACAUGAGAGUGAGUGCGUCCAGAGGGGAAAAAACACCUUGAGUUGGACAAAAUGUACUUGUGUACAGUAUCACUUUCAUUGCUUCUAUACCUUCUCCGCAGUCCUCCUUGCAAAAACGUGUGUUAACAUUAGAUGAUGUCAUGUUGCAGGUUCAACGUAUUUAUGUAUAUAGAGGGUCAUGGGGAGGGAGGGGCGAGGGGGGCAGGCAGGGGGUCAAAAAAGUUGCCUGACAUUUCAAGAUUUAUUAACUCAAUAAAUGAAAAAGCUAUUAUGCAACAUUUGAAGGAUUGUACAGGUAAACAUGCAGAAACCCAAUGCUAAGUGUUGAUUUUUUGGCGCUCCGCUUAGACAACGGAGCAAGGACUAGCCUUCGAUCUAAUAGCUGCAUUGGUGUAAUCAAGAAAACUCGGGUUCUAGUAUUAACUACUCAGUAUUGAUGAACAAAAAAAGACAAAAAUGACAAAAAAAAAAAAAACAACAAUUGUACGAUACACUUGCUUAUAUUUUCAUAUGAAAGGAAUACAAUGCAAAGCAUUUUGUGGCGUUUUGUAGUUUCUAUAAGCCAGAAUGUGUUUUUGAUAGCUUUGCCAAUGAAGGAUGGAUAGUUCACCCAGAGAAAGAUUGAGGGUUGGGGGGAUGUCUGGGCUUUAAAAACAGACUGAGAUCCAAUGCUUUGCUGAACUGUUUUAUCUUUGUAGAGGUUUGUUUUUAAACGUGUAUUUCUAAUUAUUAUAUAUAAUAAUGGUAAUAUUAAGAAUCUUUUAAAAAAUCUGUGAAAUUAACAUGCUUGUGCAUAGCUUUCUAAUAUAUGAAUAUAUAUAAUGAUUUUUUUUUUUUUUGUUGGUUUCUUAGUGGAGUUUCUAUGUGCAGUUGCACAUGUCUGGUUUUUGUUUAAUUUGAACUCUGAACAGUGCUGUUUAAGGGGGUUUGUAUUUAAUCUAACUUUAAAACCCAGCUGGAUUUGUGCAACACAGGAGAGAUGGGGCCUGAAUGCUGGAAAAAAAAAAAAAAAACACAAUAACAACAUGCUUGUGGAAAAUGUCAAAAGACUGAAACUGGAGAUGGCACAGGAAAAAAAAUAAUCCUUGAUGUAUACGGCUCAUCUCACUCAUGAAGAAAUAUGGAUGCAUUUGUAUGAAUUAGCUCAAUCAUUUGAAUCUUUGAUUUAAAAAAUGAUUUUAUUCAAUUAAUCUCAUAAAGCAGUUUUUUGACAUAUCGAACUCUCAGGUCUUCUCAAAUGUGUGUUCUAGAUAUUUCACAAGCUCACCCAAACUUUACAAGUUUCUUUCAAAUCAUAUUCACCUAAUGCAAUUUUGCAAAUGCAUCAUGAUGAAUUCCAACUGAACAUCGUUAUCAUUUGCCGGCCUAAUUUGAUUCUGCAUCCUGUGGCCUCUCAUGUUCCAGUCUUUAAAACACAUUUCCACACGAUGCCACUUCAGCUUUAGACCCAAAAGGAAGAAACUGGUCAUGCUGGUAUGGGAGACGCACAAUUUGCUAAUUUUCGCUAAAUAGUUGUUUUGGAUUUAUGAUUUUCUUUUCUUUUUCUAAACAAUGAAACUAGCCACAUAUCUCUCUCUGCCUCCCACUCCUGUAUCUGCUGUCACUUAAGUGUUAUACUAUUUCUGUGUGCAUAUUUCAUGCAGGUUCACAAUGUUGUUACUGUAUACAGUCUGUGUAGUCAAAUGGGGCAGAGCCUCUGUAAUGGUGUUCUUUCUUUUAUUUUUUAAAACUUCAGUACAAAAAAACAAAGAAAAAAAUACAGUUGGGAAAAUAAAUAAAUAUGAUGUUUCAGGCAGCAUAAAGUGUGGAGAAACCAAAGCCAGUGGCAUUUCUGUGUUGUAAAAUCAACUUUUAUUUUCACAUCCAUUUAUGGUUUUUUUGCAAGCAUUGAAACAAGAUAAUAAAAGAAUUUGCUCAAAUGUACAAUUGUUUUUUCACAUUUCAUAGUUAGUCGGGUGUGGCUUCAGUGUUUCAAUCUGAAUUAAAAGUGUCUCUGUUUCGUCUUUUUUUUUCUCUCCCUGUGCUUUGCAUUGCAAAAGGUUCCAUAUUAGCAAAAAAUUGGGUUUUUGCAUUGAAUCAAGAAAUUCAUCCCGGCCUGUCACUACUUACAGCUAUAGUUUAAAUAAUUUUAACCAAAGACAUGGAGAAAAUAUAUAGUGUUUCCUUGUUUUUAAACACGUCUGGUGUAAAUGUUGGUACCUCAAAAUUGACCCAAGCAGUACCCCAGCUGAUUUUUGAUAAAGUAACCUGCAGUGCAAAAGGGGAGACAAUACACCUGUAAAGCCAUGUGUAAAAACAUACAAUUGCUAAAUGUCCUGGCAUUUACGUGGGACUCUUUGUUUCUCCACCGUGUUUGUGGUUUAUUUAAGUUGUGCUUAAAAAUCUGAAAAAAAAGAUUUUUUAAGGUGUAAUAUGGUAAAAAAAAAAAAUACUUCAAAGUCAGUCUUUAGUAUCAAUGUAGCUUGUAUAAACCUGAAAAGAAAGGGAGAAAAUUUGGAAGUAAUGCUUGUUUUUUUCAAGAGCGGCUUUCAGCGGCAUAAGCUGGCCUUUGUCGCCACUUGAGACUAAGAUGGCUUUAAAUUAAAUCACAUCUUUGUAACUCAAGGGACUUGUUUCAGCUGUAUGUAGUACAAAAUGUGUGGGGAUGGAGUCCAAGUCUCCUCUGCUGGAGGGAAAGGCUGUUUGUAUUUUGCGGAGAUUUCAGUAAAGUUACUGGCUUUCUUAGUUA